AAAGAUUUUACCAACAUUUCUUCUUCUCAUAUCAAAGUUGUUUCUCUAUAGUUUCUUCAUCACUUCACUAUCUACCCUCUUUCUUUUCUCAUUUUGAAUAGUUCCCUAAUCUUUAUUCUCACCAGAAACACUACAAAGAAAAUAACCUUAGCAAAUCGUUAUUUUCUACUAUUUUCAUUAAUUAGUCACGAGAUCCCAUGGUUUCAUCAGUGUCAAAGAGUACGUCCACUGAAGAAUACGACGACAACAUCCACAAGGAGAGAAUAAUGUCUCAGCUUCACAACCCUAACUCCUCAUCUAACUUAGUGAGUCAAGAGAGCAGAAUAGAGCAAACAGAUAAUUCUAAAAAACCCAAAAGGGUUAAAGAUUCCGGUAGACAUCCGGUUUAUCACGGCGUGAGGAUGAGGAACUGGGGAAAAUGGGUUUCUGAGAUUCGUGAACCGAGGAAGAAAUCACGUAUCUGGCUCGGAACUUUCCCAACCCCGGAGAUGGCGGCGCGUGCACACGACGUAGCGGCUUUGAGCAUCAAAGGAAGCUCAGCUAUACUAAACUUCCCUGAACUUGUUGAGUCAUUCCCUAGACCUGUCUCGUUGAGCCCUCGAGAUAUUCAGACAGCCGCUCUCAAAGCAGCACACAUGGAGCCAACGACGUCGUUUGCGCCUUCAUCAUCGUGUUCUACUUCUUCGCUUGAGUCUCUCGUGUUGGUGAUGGAAUUGGACCUCUCGAGGACUGAGGCAGAGGAGCUCGGAGAGAUCGUGGAGCUGCCAAGUCUCGGACCGAGUUACGACGUUAAAGUUGGAAACGAGUUUGUGUUCUCUGACUCAGUGGACUACUGUUUUUAUCCUCCACCGUGGGGAGAGUUGUCGGAAGAUAGUUACGGUUACAACCAAGUCUUGUCAUGGGAUCUCUAACGACGUUUUUAAUCAUCAUUGUUAUAAUCAUUGUCUUGUUUAAUAACGUCUUUUGAACCCUUCUUUGUUUUUUUAUUUCGUGGUGUAAGCUAAGAAGGGUUUUAUUUUCUUUGGUGCGUGUGUGAGUUCCAAAAUGAAAUACGUGUA